UGCAGAGCUCCUUCAGUAUCGAAAGUAAACUCACGUAGGCAGCUCGUGGACGUGUUGAUGUUCAUUUCAUUGUAGUUUUUGGUGACAAGUUCAAGUUUCGAACCGUUGCAGAUUUGUGAUUAGCAUUUGUACGUGCUCCACGAUGAAGUUUAACAUUCAGGACACAGGAUGACCUGAUUCUUGCAAAGGAAGGUCUCAGAAUUGACUUCAACGUAAGAAUGCAGCUUUCGGAGUAAAAAAAAGUAAAAGUCCACAAAAUUACGCAACAACGCAUUGAUCUCACUUGACGAGAGUGUCCUGAGUGCAGAUAAAUAUACUGCAAAUGUGCUGCACAUGAGAAGAGAAGAAAGUGCAACUUGAGUGAACUGGGUCGAAUGAUUUCCAUAGGAGGGAGUGGGGUUUCACAAACCAAAACAGUGAUUAAAAAUCAUGAGUGUGUUUGGCAACGUGUUUGUGGCGGCAAAAUGGUAAUUCUAUGGAGGAUCGAGCUACCUCGAUUGAUUUAAGUGCAGUAGCAACGGUGGAAUACGAUUUUCAAGUCGACAAGCAAAACCAAAUUUGAACCAUCUACCCGUUGGUUAGUGGAGUGCGAGUUGUACCAAGCGUGCUAGAAAAGUAAGACGGCAAGGUGAUCGUGCCGAGUUUGCCGUGAUAAGUGUAUUGAGUGUCUUUUUGCAUCAUGUUGGCUCGCUUUGUUCAACACCACUACCAUCAACAAUCAUCAACAGCAAUCCAUGUUCGUCCAAUGCGCUGUGAUGCACAUAUUUGAAUAGCUGAGAACCAGCAGCAAGCCAUACAUAGUAUUAGAGUGAUGGAAGUGUCGUCAAUAUCGGCAUCAGAGACACCUGUAUUGAAUAAGAGACUCGUUCCGCCGAACGAAGAAGAUGCCAUUGUGAUCUGAGCGACAGUUCAGAACGGAAGUGACGAUAGCAACGACCAAGAAGGUCAACCAACCAACCAACCAACCAACCAGCACACCCACUUGACAAUCUUUGGGUAUCCUUCUGCUGAAUACUGCCAGAUAGUGAAAUAUGAUAAAUAUUCAACACCUGUGCUGGACAUGCUGUGCGUACUUACUGCUGGUUAGCAUAGUGAUGACGUCAAACAUGGCCAGUGCCUAUCGAAUCGGGGUAGGACGAGCGGAUUGCACCGGACCACCAGUGGAGAUUACAUUUAUGGGUUAUGCUCAACUAUCUCAGCGGGGCUAUGGCAUCCACCUAAGACAGUACUCCCGAGCAUUUAUCUUCGAAGAGAAUGGCAAACGAGCAGUUUUUAUCAGUGUGGACGCUGGUAUGAUGGGUCACGCCGUCAAACGUGAUGUCAUAGCAGUGCUUCAGAAGAAGUAUGGUGAUCUAUACACCGUGGAAAACGUGGCCAUCAGUGGAUCUCAUACACACGGUACCCCUGGAGGAUUCCUAAUGUAUCUGCUGUAUGAUAUGACAUCGUUGGGAUUUGUAUCCGAAACGUUCAACGCGCUAGUUAAAGGAAUAGCUCAAAGUAUCAUCAGAGCCCAUAACAGUAUGAUUGAUGCACGAGUCUUUAUAUCGGAGAUCGAUGUGGAAGAAGCAAAUAUUAACAGAAGCCCCAGUGCGUACGAGAACAAUCCAGCAGAGGAGAAAGCCCAGUAUAAAGACAAUGUUGACAAACGAUUGGUUCAGAUGAGAAUAGUCAACAAGAAUAACGUGGUAUUCGGAACAAUCAAUUGGUUCGCAGUGCAUCCCACUUCGAUGAAUAACACAAACCGUUACGUAUCGAGUGAUAAUGUAGGAUAUGCUUCUAUUCUGCUGGAACAGGAGAGAAAUAAGGGUAGCUUGGUGGGUAAAGGCGAAUUUGUAGGAGUGUUCGCGUCGUCCAAUCUAGGAGAUGUUUCACCGAACAUCAAGGGACCAAGAUGUGAGAAGACUGGGCUUCCUUGCGAUUUGCUGACAUCGUCAUGCCCUAGUGGAGCGGGUGCAUGCUUUGCAUCAGGACCCGGAAAAGACAUGUAUGAUAGCACCAAAAUUAUUGCCACACGAUUAUACGGAGCGGCAUCGCAUCUUCUAAGCAAAGCAGGUGGAAGAGAAGUAACCGGACCUAUAAAUUUCGUGCAUCAAUUUAUCGAUAUGACAAAAGCCGAUGCUAUGUACUACAACCCCAAAACUCGCGAGUUUGAGCAGGUCCGUGGUUGUCUUCCUGCGAUGGGUUAUAGCUUUGCUGCUGGCACUACGGAUGGUCCAGGAGCAUUUGAUUUUCAGCAAGGAACAAUAACCGACAAUGCUUUGUGGAACACUGUUCGUGAUUUCAUUGCCGAGCCUACAGCAGACGAUAAAGAAUGCCAAGCUCCUAAGCCAAUUCUGUUGGCUACUGGUAGGGCAAAGUUCCCUUACGAUUGGCAACCAAAAAUCGUUCCCACGCAAAUAUUGCUCAUUGGAGACUUUGCCAUAGCGGCAGUGCCCGGUGAGUUCACCACAAUGUCAGGCAGAAGACUGAGGAACGAAAUCUCCAGGGCAUCGGUAGCUGCUGGAGGAAAAGAACUCCAAGUAGUGGUUGCUGGUUUGUCCAAUAUGUACUCUAGCUACAUUACUACACCGGAAGAAUUUGAAAUUCAGCGAUACGAAGGAGCUUCGACAUUGUACGGGCCACACACCUUAACGAUCUAUAUACAACAGUACAAGAAAAUGAUAAGAUCGAUAGUCAAAAACGAAACCAUAGAUGAUGGGCCAUCGCCUCCGUAUCAGGAUGAUAAACAAAUCUCUCUAAUGACUGGCGUAAUCUUCGACGGCCAUCCGAUUGGACGAGAAUUUGGAAGCGUGAAAGUUCAACCUCUCAACACGUACGAACGAGGAGACACAGCCUAUGCUACAUUUAUAACGGGAAAUCCUCGAAAUAAUUUGAUGCAUGAUAAGACUUACUUCACUGUUGAACAGAAGCAGAUCGACGGGAAUUGGGCAGUUAUUGCCACUGAUGCCAACUGGGAAACAAAGUUCAAAUGGGAACGCCAAUCGACGAUUCUUGGAUUAAGUGAUAUCGAGUUUUCGUGGGAAAUUGGACCCGAUGUGAAGCUGGGAACAUACCGCAUCAGACAUUUUGGAUAUUAUCGAUAUAUUCUUGGCGGAGUGUACCCAUACACAGGAUCAACUAAAACAUUUAUUGUAGAAUGAAUGGGAGACGUGUACGUUCCAAGACGUGAAGCUUUUAAAAUAUGUGAUAAGUAGAUGAAUGGAUAAUGAUUAUGAAUGCGAUCGUAAAAAAAAAAUAAGCAACAUUGAUGUGUUUUGAGCAAAAUAAUUAUGAACGCGCUGGUUGUCAAGAAUUACUCCAGGUCUCCCUGGUAGCUACAAAUUGGAACCAAAAAUCCUAGUCAAUUAAUGAUAUCUGUAAGUUGAAAAAGUGAUGUAUCAAAGAAGAAACAAUUUUGUUCGA